UCCAGUCAGUGAGGCGGCGGCGGCGGCGGCGAACAUGAGCGGCGGCGGGGACGUGGUGUGCACCGGCUGGCUGAGGAAAUCGCCCCCUGAGAAGAAGUUGAGGCGCUAUGCCUGGAAGAAACGCUGGUUUAUCCUGCGGAGUGGCCGGAUGAGUGGUGACCCAGAUGUUCUGGAAUACUACAAGAAUGAUCACUCUAAGAAGCCUCUGCGGAUCAUCAACCUGAACUUCUGUGAGCAGGUGGAUGCAGGCCUGACCUUCAACAAGAAGGAAUUGCAGGAUAGUUUUGUGUUUGAUAUCAAGACCAGCGAGCGUACCUUUUACUUGGUUGCUGAGACAGAGGAGGACAUGAAUAAAUGGGUCCAGAGCAUCUGCCAGAUCUGUGGCUUCAAUCAGGCCGAGGAGAGCACAGACUCUUUGAGAAACAUUUCCUCAGCCAGCCAUGGCCCCCGAUCUUCUCCAGCUGAGUUCAGCAGCUCCAAUCAGCACCUGCUACGAGAACGAAAGUCCUCAGCUCCCUCCCACUCCAGCCAGCCCACUUUGUUCACAUUUGAGCCCCCCAUGUCAAACCAUAUGCAGCCCGCCUUGUCCACCAGUGCGCCUCAGGAGUAUCUCUACUUGCACCAGUGUAUAAGCCGGAAGACAGAAAAUACAAGGAGUGCCAGCUUCUCUCAGGGCACCCGGCAGAAGAGCGACACAGCUGUACAAAAAAUUGCCCAAGGCAACGGACACUGUAUCAAUGGGGUCAGUGGCCAAGUUCAUGGCUUCUAUAGCCUUCCUAAGCCAAGCCGACACAAUACAGAGUUUAAAGACAGUAGUACCUAUGACCUCCCCCGUAACCUGGCCUCCCAUGGCCACACCAAGGGCAGUCUCACCGGGUCUGAGACAGAUAAUGAGGAUGUGUACACCUUCAAGACACCCAGCAACACCCUCUGCCGGGAGUUUGGGGACCUCCUAGUGGACAAUAUGGAUGUCCCAACUACGCCUCUCUCAGCCUACCAGAUCCCUAGGACAUUCACACUGGACAAGAACCACAAUGCCAUGACAGUGGCCACUCCUGGAGACUCAGCCAUAGCUCCCCCACCCCGGCCUCCCAAGCCAAGUCAAGCAGAAACACCUCGAUGGGGCAGCCCUCAGCAGAGACCACCAAUCAGCGAAAACAGCCGAUCUGUCGCUGCCACUAUCCCCAGGCGCAAUACCCUCCCUGCAAUGGACAACAGCCGACUCCACCGAGCUUCUUCCUGCGAGACCUACGAGUACCCAGCACGAGGCAGGGAGAGUGCAGGCUGCUCUGCUGAGUCUGUGAGUGAGGGAGUCAGUCCUUUCCUGCCAGGAAAGACGGUCCUGGGUCGAUCAGACAGUGCCAGCUCUGAAGAUAACUAUGUGCCCAUGAACCCAGGUUCUUCUACCUUGCUAGCCAUGGAGCGAACAGGGGACAAUUCCCAGAGUGUAUACAUCCCCAUGAGCCCAGGGCCCCAUCACUUUGACCCACUGGGCUACCCAUCCACAGCCCUUCCAAUGCACAGAGGUCCCAGCCGAGGAAGUGAGAUCCAGCCACCCCCUGUCAACCGCAACCUCAAGCCUGACCGAAAAGCAAAGCCAACCCCCCUUGACUUGCGAAACAACACUGUCAUCGAUGAACUCCCCUUCAAGUCACCUGUCACCAAGUCUUGGUCCAGAGUCAACCACACCUUUAGCUCCAGCUCUUCCCAGUACUGCCGUCCCAUCUCCACACAAAGCAUCACCAGCACAGACUCAGGAGACAGCGAGGAGAACUACGUCCCUAUGCAAAACCCAGUGUCUGCAUCCCCUGUUCCCAGUGGCACCAACAGCCCAGCCCCAAAGAAGAGUACUGGCAACGUCGAUUACCUGGCUCUUGACUUCCAGCCAGGCUCCCCAAGCCCCCACCGCAAGCCAUCCACAUCAUCUGUCACAUCAGACGAGAAGGUGGACUAUGUCCAGGUAGAUAAAGAGAAGACACAAGCCCUACAGAACACCAUGCAGGAGUGGACAGAUGUACGGCAGUCUUCAGAGCCUUCCAAGGGUGCCAAGCUGUGACGUGGGGGCCACUAAGCCAAGGGAGGAGCUCAGGAGGCAGAUGCUUCUGCUGAGAGCUGGCUCUUCCCCACCGCUUCCUUCCCCACCCCCUCCCACCCCUCUGUCCCACUCUGCUACUCUCAGCCUUCAAAGCAUUUAACAUCAGGAACCCUGACCCUUCACCUGGAGGCAGGGCCUCCUACAGAACUUCCUCUGCCACCCUGGGCCACCUGUGACUUCUUUCGAUACUGGCUGUGCCUCCAACAACCUUAGUUAGGAGCUAUUGCCAAAAAGCCUCCUGCCUUGGGACCAACUGUGUGCUGCUUGGACCCUCGGAGAGAGGUAUGAGACCAGGCUCAUACCUCGGGUCUGCUCAUGGCUCUCUGCCCUCUUUCCCCACCUCAGGGCUGCCUCUCCCUCGGUUCCAGGGGAGGACAACCUAGGGAGCCAAGGACCAGCAGACCAAAGUGGACAUGGACUUUUCAUCCCUAUUAUUCAUGGUAGGGGAGAGGCAGGCUGUCACAGAAAGAAAUGAUUGAGAAUGAAGGUCAGAGGUAGAGUUAAAUGACAAAAGAAUUAGGUCUCCGGACACAGAGGGGCAACUGACACCUGAAAGUGCCUGUGCCCAUGUCAAGCUAAGGCUUUGGCAGGAUCACUGCUGUGCAGUGAGAAAGGUAAAAGGAUAAAGGACAAGAAAGAAAAGUGAUGACAGGCGACCAGGAGCAGGGCUUGUAGUGACAAGGAUGCUGUGGUCAGAGCCUCCAAACCCUAAAGCUGGAGGACUGUCACUGUGGGGCUGAGCAGGAUGCUUGUGCAGUGAGGGUGAGUGUGAGAGACAGUGGAGAAGAUGCAAGAGUUGAGGGGAACCCUGGGACAUAAAGGAGUGUGCUAGGCAUGGGACAAUGCAGGGGGAAUGGCAAGUUUCUAGGAUGUGGGAGAGCACAGAGGUGACCUGGUAGGCUGAGAGGUAGGGAUGCAGGCCAUGCAGCAGGUGGGGAGAUAACCUUCAGAAGGCCACACGCAGGGUGGAGUGAGGAGCAGAAUGGGAAGGAGCCAUGCUUUGAUCCACAGCAUCUGUGUACACUGCACAUGACGAGGGCUAGGGACCACACGAGACCUUGGUGUCAGCUUGUGCCAGGUUUGAGGACAGACCAAGGACUUUCUCAGCUCCUCUUACCUCUGUUGUCCUCCUAGAGGGAUGAGGAAAACUAACCCUACUUCCUAUGCCUUCGGAGCUCACCAGAGCAGCAGGGCUGGGAGGCAGGUUCUUUCUAAGCUAGGGCAGCAGGGAUCUGGAUGUGUUUAUGUUGAAAGUUCCUGACCAAAUUUUCAAAAGGCAAUGAGGCAAACCAGACUCCGUUUUUCCCUGGGGAGAACAAACCUUCAUCCUCCAAAACUAUGACUGUUGCUCGGCUUUCGGCGCACACACCUGGCCACACACACGAGCAGCCCUUCUCUGGAGUCCUCCCCGCACGAGCUCCCUCCUCAGCAGCCGCCCCUCUUCCAGUACAAGGUCAAACAAGCUCAGGGGUCACUUAGUAACAACUGCUGUGGCCAAGCUCUGGGCCACAGAGGAUGACAACACCUUGUCCCUGACCUGGAGAAAGUCACUGUUGGCAAUAAAAGGAUAAGGACACAGAGCAGUAGUGAUGGCUAAGAGAGGGAGAGACAGUCGGCGACUGGCUGGCUGGCCGUGUACAAGUGAAGGAAGCAGGAAGAGGAUCAGGGUUGUACAGGAAAGGCAAGAUGAGGUCGGGUCCAUGGAGGAAGGGGGGUUCUCAACUUGGGGGACAGAGGUCUCUGAGGGUCCAGGGCCAGCUACUCAGAAGUGUGCACUAUCCCCACGGGUGGAAAGGUGGCUGUAGUGGCACUGCAGAGAGUUGAAGAGUGGUUCCCUUUAGCUGGGCUCCCGUAUGACCGACAGCUUUUGCCUGGUGCUGCCCAAGCAGCCUCUCUGAUUGUUGGCCCCAGUUUCCAGUCCCAGCAGCCAUCCCUGUAGACCCCACGGUCUGAGCUGAGUGUGCCAUGUGAGCAGAACUGGCGGGAUUUUCUGAGACCGAGGAGUUUGUCUCGUCAGUCUCAAGGCCUUCAUGCUGUGGUUGUCAUUUCCCAAAGCCUUACAGGGGAUGUAGGAGCAAGGCCAAGAAUAAAGUGACCCAUGCAUGGAGAGCUGAGGUCCAGCUCACAAUCUCCAAAUUGCCGGCCAGUACCCACCUGUCCAGCCCGUGCCCUCCAAAUAGGUGGAGGCUCCUGGUGGCUGCCAAGGACUGAGAGCCCAGAAUGGGGAAUGCUUCUUGCCUAACGGUUUGCACAAGGACAUGUCCUGCUCCACCACUGCAAGGUUAAAGUCAAGUGGGAACCAUGAGGAAGAGGGUCUCCUUGGGACUUGGUUUGUCAGUCUGUAAAAUGGGACCAUCUCAAAGGCCUUGUCCAUAGCUGAUGCUCUGCUGCCAGAAGGACCCUCUUUGAAGGUCUGGGCCCCCUGAGGAGGGGCAGCACCCAGAGCAUUGGCCAGUUUCCUCCAUCCCUUCCAACCUGGAUUUUGCCAACUUCACAUUUGACACCAUUAAUAUCAGUCCAUACCCAGAAUAGAAGCACAACCAUGCUGAUGUCAUGGGAACUCAGUUCCAGUUCACCUGCUCAGUUCCCUUCACCAGUUCCGCUACUGUCCCCAUCGUGCCCCAUCCUCCCUGACAGAGCUCUGGAGGAGAGAGGACAGCUCUUUCCCAUGAGGUCCUUCAGCUCUGAGGGUGUGGGGAAGCCGGGCUUAUGGGGCCAUCUCUCUGGGACUUGUCAUGUUCUUUGGGGCCUGGAAUCAGCAGGCUCCUGCCAAGGGAGCCUGCUGGAGAUUUAUGCUGUCAUGUAGUAUCGGGUGGUGUAUGUCUAUGUGUAAUAUGUUGGCUACUUGUAUCUUGAAAUUUAGAAUCAUUUCACAGAAUUAUCGCUAUUUGUUGGAAAGAGGAAAUGAGCUAGAAGCAGCCUAGUCUUAUGUUCUUGUCUUGUUACCAUUUAAGAUAGAUAUGUAAUUUUUCAAAUCACUGUUGGUGCCUAAUCACUUAAGUUAUUAAUUUAUUCUGUUUUCAAAAAAACCUUUGUACCAUGUAUUUAUCUUGUGUGGUCUGGGGUGGGGUGGGAAACAUGUUCACGUGGGUCAUGUUUUUGCUGUGGUGAUAAAUGGUACAGGCCUGGAGCUUGCAGGUCCCUUUUUACUGUGGUAUAGGAACAGGACAAUAAAGUCCUUUAGCAAUGCAA